AUGAGCGCGUCCAGCUCCCGGGCAGACUCGCCCGACGCGGCGCUGAGCUCCGACGGAAGUUACGAUGACCAUGAAAGCGUCUCGGUCUCCAAAGAAUUGCUCAGCUGGAUUCAGGUGCCGCUACUCUCAGACUAUCAGCUGCUGGACGACGAGCUGGAUGGUGAUUCGUGCGACCACGAGGAGCUCGAGGGAGAUGAACCCGACAACAGCGAAUCCGACAACAAAUACGAUGACGAUGAGCUCGACACCGAUGAACUCGACACCGAUGAGCUCGACACCGAUGAACUCGACACCGAUGAACUCGACACCGAUGAACUCGACACCGAUGAACUCGACACUGAUGAACUCGACACCGAUGGACUCGAUAGCGAUAACUCAGACAACCAGAUUGCGGGCGAUGAGUCAAACGUUAUUUCUGUGUCGUAUUCGCCCGGUCAAGGCAAAAUGGUCGAGAAGAAUGACGAGGGAGUCUUCAGCCUGAGUCUGCAGCUUGAGUCUCGCGUCCCGUUCUCUGUGCUUCAGACGGUGACCCUUAUGGAAGGGCCGCUCAAAGACCUCCAAGUCAUCCUCAUCAAACCUCGCCAGCCGUUGCACUUUCUCGAUCUUCCGCGUGAGAUCAGAGAUGAGAUCUACACGUACGCUAUGGUUCCCCAUACUCAGUGUCGCGCCAGCCCUUCUCGCAAGCCUUACAUCGAGAGCCGCAUCUUCCUUAACGUGACCGAAGCUCGGCCAGAUCAAGCCAAACGCUAUAUACCUCGCGAAGUUAAGACUGCUAGAGAGUAUGGCUUAUCGGUGUUGUCCAGCAUGUUCCAGGGCCAGGAAUUCACCUUGCAAGAAAGCGUUACCCCUGGACUUCUUACUGUAAACCGUCAGGUUUACCUUGAGGCCCGACAGAUCCUCUACGAGAAGAACACUUUUCAGAUGCAGCUGUGGACAGUCGAGCGUUUCCUCGCCCGUAUUGGUCCAGCGGAUCAGCAGAUUCGCUACCUCAACGUUGUACACUUAGGCUGUUAUGGAGUUCAGCGAGCCAAGGAGACGCUCGCAAAUCUCACACACCUGAAGCACCUUACACUCGUCGGAAUGCCCCUCUCGGACGAGGGCGAACGUUACUCACCCUUCAUAGCGGCAACAGAGCUCUACAGGAAGAUGUACAUCUGGAUUGAUUGCGUUGGCAAACUCCAUGGAGACCGUUUCGCCGCUCUAGAACGGCUCACGGUGCAAGCGGGUCCUUUGCAUGCUCAUAAGGCCUCUAACGCUUACCAUGGCGUGCUUACUUUGCGGACGAACUUUGUGGCAAAGUACUACUCUAAGAUGCGUCUAUCGGCGGGACAGCUUGAAUGGGACCAGCAUUUCCGUGAGCAGCUAAAGGCUCUGAUCACGCUCGACAACUCGAACAAGACUUUCCAGUUCCUUGCUCUUCCCCGCAAGCUCCGCGACAAGAUCUACCAGUUUGCGAUGCAGCAAGAGCACCAUUGGAACGGAUCUCACGAGAAUCAUGGCAGGCAGAUUUCGAUCUGGCAGUUCCUCAAAACCGGACGAGUCCGUCGGCGGAUUCAACUUUACGGUAAGAACUGCAGCGACAACUUCCAAUUCUGUGACAGCCUCACUCCUGGACUUCUGUUAGCGAAUCGUCAGAUUCACGAUGAGUCCAAAAUGAUACUGUACGGCAAAAACCACUUCAAGUUCGACCGGGAGGACACUCUCGACAUGUUCCUCAGCAUCAUUGGAAGCUCUUCUACUCUUCUGCGAUCCGUGGAUAUCGGCACUUAUCCCACAAACGUGGAGUUAUGGUCGAAGCUCUGGCACUUGGACAAUUUGGUGCUUUACCACAUGCCGAUGUACAACAGCCUCUCUACUUCUUGCACCUUUGGUCAUCAGCUCACUCUCUCGCAUCUGGAUUGGAACACCGACGCUGCUCUGGAUCUCGACGUCGCCCUGGACAUUGAUAGGCCUAUUAUAAGGCCUGAUCGUGCUCAGCUUGCGGCGAUCCACUUCUUCAACAAAGCCCGCUCAUGGAUCGAUGGCGUCGGAAUUGUUCACCAGGACAAACUUUCCGCUGUGAGCCGUGUCUGCAUCACCAUCUCGAUGCGAGACCGUACCCCGUCUGUUCUCAACGACCGGUUCCGUACUGAGUUGACCAGGUUGAUUGCGUCCGAAGACGGAGAAUAG